GCAGGGCCGGGACUGAGCCGCGCUCCGCUGCUCCGCGGGGCCGCGGCCGCUCCGGCACCGGCACCGGCACCGGGAGCGGGGCCGGGCCGGGGAUGCACAGCGCCCGUCUGGACGGCGGCCUCGGGCAGCGCCGCGUCGAGCCGCGCUGCCGCCGGGAGCACAUGCCCGGCACGCGGCCGGCCGAACGCGACCCCCUCCCCGCGCCCCGCCGCCCCGCCUCGGCCUGCGGCGAGGAGGAGCAGGGGGGCCCGGCCGCCCGCUCGCCCCCCGCCAGCGUGCGCAGCCUGGAGUGCGACUCGGGCUACUCGGAGGCGUCGGGGGGCACGUGGCGCGAGGACGAAGCGCCGGUGCUGCGGCGGCACCCCCCGCCCUGCCAGCGCGCACACCGCCUCUCCGCCGGCACCCCCGCGCCCGCCCCCGCCCGCCGCGCCCGCCCCAAAUCCACGUCGGACGCCUGCCUGGAGCAGUGGCGGGCGCUCGAGCCGGCCGACGGGAGGGACUGGACGGUGUCGCUGCUGUCGCAGAGCCGCAACCGGCAGCCUCUGGUGCUGGGGGACAACUGCUUCGCCGACCUGGUGGAGAACUGGAUGGACCUGCCCGAGGUGGGCGCCGAGCCCCGCCGUCGACCGCCCGCCGAGUCCUCGCGCCGCUUGGGCAAACCGCCCGCCUUCCUGCUCAGCCUCUCGGGCAACGUGCGCCGCAAGCUGGCCAGCAUGGCCCGGCCCCGCGCCGCAGAGGGAGCCCGGCCGGGGGGCCGCGACCCCGCCAAGCGCCUGUCGUGCCCGCUGGGGCUGGGCGGGCAGCCCAAGGGAGCCUGCUUCCACCAGUCCCACAGCAACAUCGCCCAGCUGGCCACGGACUUCCACCGCUUCACCGCCCUCAUGAACAGCCGCAGCCGCCAGCCCAUCAUCUGCAACGACGUCAUCGGCUACAUCUAGCCCCGCCACCCCCUCCCCGCUGUAAAUAAACCCCCGUUUUGUACGAAACGGACGCACGGCAGCCUUUGUGGGGCGCAGCGCCGGCAGAGGUGCGACGCAGUGAGCACGUGUCACAGCUUA